GAAAUUUCUAAGCUUAGUAGAAUCUCCAACGUGGCUCGUGCACACGAUUGUUCCGAAAUCCGACUGCCAGCUAAUAUUGUCGUGUCAGACUCGGAGGCGCUCAAGUGCUGAGCCGAAGGAGGAUGUCUCAGGGCUUCUUCUGCUUGUCUCCUGCAACUUUGCACCUCGACUUUAACCAUUCCUCGACCCUGUCAUGUCUCUCCAGCCAUUCAUAUCUCUGUAUCAGUAUGCUCUCGAACCCAUAGCACCUUUUAGCUGGUUUGGUAUCAAGGUCUGCUCCAUCGAAUUGGUAGCCGCCUUGCGGCUUUGCACCGUCUUGAGACAGACCAAGGAAGAUUUAUAUGCCAAGCAUCAGCGCCGUGCUGGCGAUAAACCUGCACCCGUGGAGGAGAGGUCCUUCCUAAGAGACGCAUGUACCUCGCUCACGAUCAAAUUUGGAGGAGAGGCCAUUAUAGGCUCUCUGCUCGGUGUCCCCCCAUCUUUCGUGCUCUCAGGUGUUUCCCCCGGUGUGUACAUCGCCGCGCAGGCGAUCGUAGAGUAUAUCCCUGUUAUACCGUCCAUGUCACUCAGCACUGAGCUUCCGUUGUCUAUCGUCGACGGAUUCACACGCGCAUUGCUUCUAUGCAGCCUCAUACCUAAACCUGUUAUCACUCACGCAUCCCCUGUGAUCGCAUCCUCUCCCUGGACUCUUUUGCUAUCCUCUCUCGUCAUCGCAAAUGGAGGCUUCUUCAUAACCAGCAUGUUCUCCUUCCUCGAGCCUACCCCGCUCACGCUCACGACUCCCGCUGCGAUCAAACCCUACGGCUGGACAGCCACAGAUAUUUGGUGUGCGCCGUUCAUCACAGGGCUUUAUGCCCUCCUCACGCACGCCCAGCCGUUCUGGGCUGAGCUCCACGGCGUGAUCUCAACCGUCCUCGGAAACACCGGCGAUAAAGUCGGUCCUAUGGACCCAGAAGCUGCCCGUGCGCUAUGCGCGCUAAUCCUUGCGGGAAUGUUCUCUACUCGGACUGCGAAGAACUAUGGGCUUGUUUGGAAGAGGGGUGUUGCUGAGAAAAUCAAAACACAGUGAAUAACUGGAGUGAUAUUGGUUUUAUGAACGAUGAAGAUCUAAAUGUGUACGAAAUUUAUGAAUGAGAUAUGUCUGUUCUGCCACCACCACUGCAUGCGUAUGUGACCUACCGCAAGUGAGCUCAAUAUGUACGCCAAGCUCCCGACUUGGGCCUUUGUGGCGAUGACAGGUGCAAGGCGCAGGAUUUAUGCAUACCAUUGUUACUAUGACAUUAGUUCUCCAAUCUUGUUUUAAGCGACGAUCUUGGAGUCUCAUACUGCAGGUAUUUUCAUAUAUUACCAACGACAUCGUCCGAGUCUU